AUGGUGGCAAAUGGCGGGGAAAAGAAGGGAGGCGAGAGAACAGCGGGGAACGGGAACCGGAGCGAGGAGGGGGAGGAGGAUGGGAGAAACGAUCCGGAGAGGAACGAUUCGGGGGAGGUAGAGCAGGCAGGAGGGUUGGACGCGGCGUCGGGAGAGGACGAAGGUGGAGGAGGAGAGGACGGAGGGGAGGAAUACGCGGACGGGAAAGAGGCGGACGGGGAGGAAGCGGAGUACGAAAAUGCUGACGGAAAAUUAGACGGCGACGGAGGCAAGGAAGACGAGGAGGGAGAGGAAGACGGGAAGGAGGACGAUGACGAAGACGGAGACGGAGAAGAGGACGCAGAGGACGACGAGGAAGAGGAGGAGGAAGACGGAGAGGAGGAUGAGGAGGAGGAGGACGAGGAGGAGUGCGACGAUCAGUCGCCCGUGGAGGAGGUCGCACUGACGGUGGCGACGUUCGACGACCCGUCGCUGCCGUGCCUGACGUGGCGCGUCGUAAUCAUUGGCAGUAUCGUGUGCGCGCUGCUCGCCUUCAUCAACCAAUAUUUCUGGUUCAGGACCCAGUCCAUCAUCAUCAACCCCAUCGCUGCUAUCAUCCUAUCUCUCUACAUGGGUCGCCUCUUAGCGAGGAUAGAGCGCCGCUUCAACCCCGAUGCACUCCCCUUCAGCGUCAAGGAGCAUGUGCUGAUCGGCAUUUUCGCCAACUGCGGUUCAGCCUUUGGCAACGGCAAUGCGUAUGCCAUUGACAUCGUGACCAUCAUGAAGCAAUUCUACGACGUUCAUUUGGCCUUCUUCCCGGCCUUUCUGCUCGUCACCACAACGCAAGUGCUUGGAUACGGGUGGGCGGGCAUGUUCAGACGGUACCUCGUGGAGCCGGCACACAUGUGGUGGCCCACAGACCUUGUCUAUGUCUCACUCUACCGAACCCUCCAUGAGUCAGACACGCCAGCGCGCGGCAUGCUGACACGGGCGCAUUUCUUCUUCCUCAUCACAGCGCUCUCCUUCUGCUGGUACCUCGUGCCCGGCUACCUCAUCCCCAUCGUCUCCUGCCUCUCCUGGGUCUGCUGGGUCUGGCCCGCCUCCAUCACCGCGCAGCAGCUCGGCUCAGGUCUGAGGGGCAUGGGUCUGGGUGCAAUCACGCUCGACUGGGCAACAAUGUCGGCCUUCCUCGCCUCGCCCCUCGCCGCGCCCUGGUUCGCCAUCCUCAACGUUGGAAUCGGCUUCGCCCUUUUCGUCUACGUCCUCAUCCCCAUCUGCUACUGGGGCAACGUUUUCGCCGCCACCCGCUUCCCCUUCCUCUCCUCUGGAACCUACCAGUGGUCGGGGGAUCGAUACCCGGUGCAGGCGAUUAUCACACCAGAUUUCCGGCUGAACGAGACGAUGUAUACGGAGCAGAAUCUGGCGCCGUAUAUAUCGGUGUUCUUUGCGCUGUGCUACGGGCUGGGGUUUGCCGCGCUGACUGCGACGGUGGUGCACGUGGCGCUGUGGUAUGGGCCGGAGAUCUAUCAACGGACGAUGAGUGCUGCCACGGAGGUGAAACCCGACGUGCACACGCGGCUCAUGCAGCGCUACCCCAAGGUGCCCUGGUGGUGGUUCCUGCUGCUGCUCCUCGCCAACAUCGCUGUCUGCAUCGCCUUCCUCGAACUCAACGCCUACUUCCAGCUGCCCUGGUGGGGCCUGCUGCUCUCCGCCGCCCUCUCCCUCUUCUUCACCCUGCCCAUCGGCAUAGUCACCGCCACAACCAAUCAGCAGCCGGGGCUCAAUAUAAUCACGGAGAUGAUCUGGGGGUAUAUUCGCCCCGGGGAGCCGAUAGGGAACGUGUGUUUCAAGACGUAUGGGUACAUUAGCAUGACGCAGGCCAUCGCCUUCUUGCAAGACUUCAAGCUCGGGCAUUACAUGAAGAUCCCACCACAAGCCAUGUUUGUGGUGCAGGUGUUCGCCACUAUCUUGGCAGGCCUUGUCAAUCUCGGCACGUCCUGGUGGCUUUACGACACCGUGGAGAAUGGGCUCAUCUGCAAGAUCAAUGACGAGAACUUCCCGGAGAAUUCCCCAUGGACGUGCCCGACAGCCAACGUGUUUUACUCUGCUUCAAUCAUCUGGGGGCUGAUCGGCCCCGAGCGCAUGUUUGGCCCCACAGCUUUCUACAACAACCUCAACUGGUGGUUCCUUGGAGGGGCGCUCGCUCCCAUCCCCUUCUGGGCCGCGCACAAGAUGUGGCCGCGCCAGGUGUGGUUGACCAAGGUGCAUAUCCCAGUGAUGCUCACAGGCGUGGGCAUGAUGCCGCCGGCUUCACCCAUCAACUACCUGGGCUGGCUCACCAUGGGCUUUAUCUUCAACAAGCUCAUCUUCACUUACCGAAAGGUGCGGUUGAAACCCCUUCAGUUUCCCUCUCCUGGUGGGGUGCUGGUGUAA